CACCGGAGACCCAUCCUGCGGCGCCGUCAGUAGCGAGAUCCCUUGAACCAAUUAACAUGAUGUCCUUUCGUGUCAGUAGAGUCUGUCUUCUCGGCUUCUGCGUCCUUGUAAUGAUAUGUGUGGUGGCAGAGGCUACUUCGCCUCCAGGACCUGUUAAGUGUCCAUGGCGUCCGAAGUGCAAGGAGUGUCGUCCUCGUAACUGCCCCGCUAUCGCUUGUCCGACGUAUGAAGAUGUCUGCCCGCCAUGCAAACUUCCGACCUGUCCUCCUUGCCCACUGCCUCCACCUUGCAACUGCCCUCCUCCCGUAUGCCCUCCGUGUCCGUAUAAGAAGGGCAAGAAGUAAGAAAUGAGACAGGCGGGAGGGGACAGAGGAGGCUAAACAAGAGAGAAAGUAUCAAGAGAAAGAGAGAGAGACACUGAUAACGUAUAAGCUUGGGGAAUUGCAGACGAAGAUUCCAUAGUGAAGAGUGUUUUCUCGAAUUAAUUUCUUUAUGGAUUUGUGGAAAUGAUAUCUUGUGAAUUAUUCCUCAACUCUGGUUUCAAGACACUGAACAUAAUAAGCUUUUAUAAGAUAAUUUCUUCCAUUUUUUCUGUAUAUUAUCCUUUUAUUUGUUUUACAAGACUGUGCAGAAGUAGAAAGAGAACGUAAUGAGUUCGCAUUUUAUAGAACAAAGAACGUAAGAACAAAAGGGCUAUGUAAUCAGGCACUUGCCCUCAUUUGAUGCUCAACUGUUAUCGCACUGAUUUCAUGUAUUCAACCAAUAAACCUUUCUAAUUA